GAACAAACGUAAAACAGUUUUAUAAAAGGCAUUCUAUCAGAACGCAUUGUCAGAACACAUUCAGUUUUUGAAUUAAAUCAAAAAUGUCAUCUACUUCUUUGUGCGUCUUGGCUGUUCUUAUCAUCUUCUCUACCGUAGAAAUGUGCAUGGAUGUUAACCCAAACUGCGCUAACUGGGUAUCCAACGGAUUCUGCACCUCAUCAUUUUACUCUGAUGCUCAAAAAACCGAAUACUGCCCUGCGUCCUGUAGGCUUUGUUCGGGUGCUAGUAGCACAACUUCCUCUUCGGCUUCUUCGUCUUCUUCAACCUGCGGGGAUAGCAACAGUAAUUGUGCAAGCUGGGCUUCAAAUGGGUUCUGCAACUCCACUUUCUACACUCCUGCUCAAAAAAGCCAAUACUGCGGAGCCACUUGCAACCUUUGUGGUGGCGCUUCUGUGGAAACUUCUUCUGGAGUUGCAGCAUCAACCACAGCAGCAACUGCUACCACUUCCGCCUAAAUUGAAUUAUUUUUUGUGAUUAUUGAAUGUAGGUAGCAAGCAAUAAAGCAUUCAUUACUUUU